AUGGCUUCUAGCGUUUCUCCUCCUCCAGAUCCGAGUGUAUUGAUGGGCGAUUCUGGAAGUCUCAUUCCCUCUGUCUCAGAUCCAGAAGUCCCUCGUCAGAAGGUCACUCUGGAAGUAAAGCUUCAGUCCUCUUCAGUGCCGCCCACCAUCCCGGCAGUCUCGGUGCCUUCCUACGCGGCGAGGUUCAAGUCUUCCCUCAAAAAUCUGAGGGAGAUCUCAGACCCAUCUUUUUUGGAGGAUGGAACUCCGAUCGUUCAAGCUCCACCGAGUGUGCUUCUUGAGACGUCGGACCUUUGGAAAGACCAUGUAGUAGCUCAUUUCCACGGAAGAAUGCCUCCUGCAGGCAAAAUAAUUGCGGAUUUGAACCCAGUGUGGGGAAAGUUUGGAAACAUUACGGUUCGAACUGUCUCUACAACCUGCUGCUUGAUCUUCAUCCCUUCGGUCCAGACCAGAGAAUGGGUCUUGCAGGUGGGAUAUUGGCAAGCGGAUAGAUGUGCGUUCUCAGUGUACCCUUGGUCAUCUGAUGGGAAUCUGGCAGCGCAGGAGCUCUUGUUUGCACCUACCUGGGCAGUUCUCAAGAAUGUGCCUCCUCAACUUUACUCUUUGGAUGGUAUCAGUGUGGUUGCUAGUGGUAUCGGUGACCCGUUACAUACGGAAAAAUCACGCCUUGACCCGUAUCACUUUGGGGACACAAAGGUGAAGAUGGAGAUUGAUCUCUCUCAUCCCCCUCCGGAAGUAGUAGAAGUGAGGGACUCUCAGGGUAACUCCGUCAGAGUCAACGUUGAGUAUCCUAGUCUUCCUCCAAAGUGUAUCAAUUGCGGAAAGUUUGGGCAUCUAAUGAAUAGGUGUCAUAAGCCUCUUAUGAAGAAGGCGCAUUCUCAGAAAAAAGAAACGGUGAUCAGCAUUGUGAAGGCGGCUGAGGACAUAUCUUUGGUUGAAGUCUCUAACGAAGAAAAGAAAGUGGCUCAGGUUGAAACAAUAGAGAAGGAGACUCAGAUCGUAGAAACUGUAAUAAAGAAAGGGAAUUCACGGUCUCGGUCUCAUAAAAGUUCUAGAUCAAGAGCUAAAGCCAGAGCCUUGAGUUCCCCACCAGAGACUCGGGUAGUUGUAUUGAAGGAUCAGGAUCAGGAGUUGAAAGAACAGGAGGUGAGCAAAGUAGGAGUUCAGGAAAGGAGGGUAAUAACAAAAAAGUUAACGGAGGGUGAAGGGAAGGAGGAAGUAAAGGUGCAGAAGAGCAAAGAACCGAAGUUAGGAGGGGGAGAGCAGACUCAGUUUGAUACAGGAGAAGAAGAUAAAGAGGAAUCUCUCUGGAUUACCAAACACUCCAAAGCCUAUAGGCGAACACUUCGUCAGGAGGCUCUUUGGAAGGCGAAUGGAGGGACAGCGUCACCUAUAAAGUCAUCGGCGAAGUAA